AUGCAAUGUAUGAAUUACACGGCUACUUUAUACAAAGCCUCUGACCUGCAAAAGCCAGAAACAACAAUUUCGAAGUUGCAACCAUUUUGCCGAGCGAAGGACAAACAAAGGUCAUCGACACGUGCAUCCGUCCAGCCUUCUACACCUUCUUGGAGGACUACAAAGGGCUGUGACUACAUCGGAGCCCGUGCAACUAGACUUCCUCACGCCGGUCUACGUUUCAAGCAACAUCCCGAAGGAGCCUCACGCCUACGUGGAACCAUUAUCGGCGCAUCGGACAAGCAACAGUCGACUCGCGUGACGUCACCCUUUGUCUACGUGUAUGCAGCUACCUGUGCUCUUCACUCCAGUGACAAAUCGCCGCUUACGUCGCUACCGUCACCAAGCUUCCUGGACUGCAACGCCAAUCGACUCAGCAGAUUUCAGCACUUAGAGCAGAUAAGGCAACACUUCUGGAAACGUUGGACUAACGAAUACAUUGCGGAACUACAGCAACGUUCGAAGUGGCGCGCUGAAUCAAGGCACUUGAAGAUCGACGAUCUUGUCCUUGUAAAGGAGGACAAUGCACCUCCAUUAUGUUGGCGCCUCGGUCGAGUCAACAGGUUGUAUCCUGGUCCUGAUGAUGUCCCUCGUGUCGCUGACGUCGUCACUUCUCAAGGGACCGUUCGAAGGGCACUCAACAGACUAUGCUUUCUACCUUCCUCGGAAGAAGACCUGUCUUGAAGGCUGUCGCCUUCAAGGCCCCGGAGGAUGUCCGCGCCAAACUUGACACCUGGCCGAGCGGCGCGGGGGCGACGUCACUCAACUUCAAGCACUCACUCUUUCAUUCAAUUCAUUCUCGCAAUUCUCGCACUCAAGCGCACACAUG